AUGAAUAACUCCUUGGGAUAUUUCGGUCCUUGGCAGUUGAAGCGUCAACUAGGUGUGGGCGGCUUUGGGGAGGUGCACCUGUGGCAGAAUGUUAAGACUGGACAAGAGAUUGCCACAAAAAGUUUAAAGGAGAAUCCCAAUCUCAGCAAAGAUGAAGUGGCCAAACUACACCAACGUUGGGAGCAAGAAUGCCAAUGGAUGAUGCAAUGUGACACGCCAUACAUAGUGCGUGGCCUAAACGAUCGGGUCGAUCAAGAGUUUAUCGCAUAUCUAACAGAGCGCCACCCCUGGCGGCCGCUGCAGCCCGUUGUAAUGGAGUACUGCAACGGCGGGGACCUGCGGACGCAAUUACAGUUAGUUCACAAUGUAAAUGGACUAGUGGAAUUCGAAGUGCGCGAAGUAUUGCAUGCACUCCGUCACGCCAUCGAAUAUUUACACACCAAAUGCCAUAUCGAGCAUCGAGAUCUCAAGCCGGACAAUGUGGUCAUACAUCAGGAAGCUGGACGGCGGAUCUAUAAGCUUACUGAUUUCGGCUUCGCACGUACCAUCACCGAGAAUACGAUGCUGAAGAGCAUUGUCGGUACGCGAAACUAUGUAGCGCCAGAGGUUUUAGACACCGCGGAAUAUAAAAAUACGGUCGAUUAUUGGUCAUUGGGCAUAAUUGCCUACGAAUUGAUUUGCGGUAAUCUACCAUUCAUACCGCAUCAAACUUUGUACGAUAUCGUAACAAGCAUACGCAAGAAGCCAGCCAAAUGCAUUGCGAUAACUGAGAAUUUUAGCGGAGAGAAAGGAGCAAAGUAUGAAUUUCAUGAGCGAAUUUCAGUUGAGAAUCACAUGAGUCCAGUAUUUUUAAAUAAAAUUGAGAAUUGGUUAACCACAGCUUUGGAUGAGAACUAUCACACGCGCGGCACACGAUUAGCGCCGUCCUCAAAGGAGCGCACGCUCACAUUUUAUACUGAGUUAGAUGCCAUUUUGGCACAAAAGGUGUUGACCGUUUUCUUUUUACCAACUUUAAAGUUUUAUUCAUGGGAAAUUACGGCUGACAUGACACUGUUAGAUUUUAAAAAACUUGUGCAAAGUGAUACGGGUGUAGCGGAUAUUUAUUGUAUUUUUCCAACCGGUCAUCCCAGGCCGGUGCUUUCACAAACUUACAGGCCGAUCGAUUUUUUCGUUGAAGAAUGGCAGCACAAUCGUAAUGGCAACAAUCCGCCGGUGAUGCUGUAUAUUGCGGGCAUGAAAUGUGAAUACAAUGCAGCGCCACCGGAAAUUCCCACACAUUUUAAAAAAUAUUUGCAUUCAAAAGAAGAAAUACCCAAUUGGCUGUUGAGCAGCAUCGAACAAAGUACGCAUUUUUUGCUUAGUAAUGAACAGUUCCAACUCGAGGCAUUCGUCGGCGGGUUAAAGGAAUAUGCGCUGACUAUGGAGCACGAAAUAUUUCAAUACGACACAGACCAAAAUGGAAAUAAGUUGCAGCAAUACUUCAACGAGCUCAUCGAAAUGCAUGGACGCGUAGAACAAUUUGGCAUGAAUAUUGAAGCGGCGAAGCAGGCGUGUGCAGCACAGAUUGAAAAUUGUGACGGCUUCUUUGGGGAAUGGUGUGCUCGUGCGUUGAAAUUUAAAGAAGAUUUCGCUACUUUGGAGGGUCUCAAAAACAAAGUUAAUCGCUACUAUAAAUCCGGAUUACGGCGUGCCAAAGAAAUGGCGAUUAAUCCCUUUUUCGAUCAACUGAAGAAUAAAGACGCCUACAAACUCCUUGAGUUUAGACGCCACCUUGAAAAUGUGCAGAAAGUGAGACUAAACGGAAAAGAACGUUUGGAGCUUUGCAGAACGGCCGUGUAUGAUUGUCUGGGUCAAAGGGAAAAAAUCAUUAUGAACGAGCACUUAAAAUAUGCAUACUCGGCGAUAACAUCAGUGCAACUGGAAUUUGGCAUGUUGAAACGUAUCGUCCAUCAUAGUUUAGAGGAAUUAGUCGAAAUGCGGAACGCCUUAGCGCAGAACACUAUAAACUUCCAUACCAAAAUUCUGGACAUUUACAAAAGUGGCAAAGUACAACGCACCACUUUGGCACAGGACGGAAGUUCGCCUGUAAUCGUUAAUGGCAAUAGUGAAAUGGCCAACAGCAUUAAUGAAAUUUUCCAAUAUCCUUUGACGUCAUUAAUCGAAGAAGUUACGGGGAGAAUUAUCCAGAUGGAUAUCGAUGAAGAUAUGAAUAGAAAUAGCGAUCUGCCAGCCACCAUCGACGAAUGACGAGCAUUAAAAUUUAUUUAGACAAAUACGCAUUUGCAUUUGGAAUGAGUGAAAGAGAUAAUGUUUAGGCAAAACAUGACUGAUUGUGAUAACAAAUUUAUUUAUUACAAGUGUUAAUGUUUAAUUACUAUUAUGUCCUAUCAUGUCCAUAUGUAUACUAGAUGGCAAAAACAAAAAAAUGUUUUCUUGAUGCUGCCACCUAAAUUUGUUCUAAGGCCAAAGAAAUUAGUCACCUAAACUUUUGUUUGCUUUUCUCUUGUUUUU